GAUAUGGCGGAGGCCGCGGCCGGAGUGAGCCGCUUCAAGGCCAACUACGCCUCCGAGCAGAAGAUUGAGCCUUUCUACAAGGGCGGGAAAGUGCAGCUGGACCAGGCCGGACAGCACCUUUUCUGCAUCUGUGGUACCAGGGUCAAUGUGCUGGAGGUGGCCUCGGGGACUGUGUUGAGGAGCCUAGAGCAGGAGGACCAGGAGGACAUCACUGCCUUUGACCUCAGCCCUGAUGACCAGGUGCUGGUGACAGCCAGCCGGGCCCUACUGCUGGCCCAGUGGGCCUGGCGAGAGGGCAGUGUCACCCGCCUGUGGAAGGCAGUGCACACCGCCCCUGUGGCCACCAUGACCUUUGACCCUACCUCCACACUGCUUGCCACAGGUGGCUGUGAUGGGACCGUGCGCGUCUGGGACGUCAUCCGGCACUACGGGACACACCACUUUAAGGGCUCCCCCGGCGUUGUCCAUUUGGUGGCCUUCCAUCCGGACCCUGCACACUUGCUGCUCUUUUCCUCGGCUGCUGACGCUGCCAUCCGCGUGUGGUCCUUGCAGGACAGGUCCUGCCUCGCUGUGCUGACUGCCCACUACAGUGCUGUCACCUCACUGGCCUUCAGUCCCGAUGGCCACACCAUGCUCAGCUCCGGCCGCGACAAGAUCUGCAUCAUCUGGGACCUUCGGAGCCGCCAGACUACGCGGACGGUGCCAGUGUUUGAGAGCGUGGAGGCUGCACUGCUGUUACCAGAGGAGCUGGCACCCGAACUGGGCGUGAAAUCUCCGGGCCUGCACUUCCUGACAGCUGGUGACCAGGGUUCGCUGCGAGUGUGGGAGGCAGCGUCUGGACAGUGUGUGUACACACAGCCGAGGCUGCCAGGCCCCGGGCUGCAGCUGACGCACUGCGUCCUAGCCCCCGCUGCUGGCCUACUCCUCAGUGCCACCGCAGACCACAACCUGCUGCUCUACGAGGCCCGCUCCCUGCAGCUGCGCAAGCAGUUUGCUGGCUACAGCGAGGAGGUGCUGGAUGUCCGGUUUCUGGGCCCCGAAGACUCCCAUGUCGUUGUGGCCUCUAACAGUCCCUGCCUGAAGGUGUUUGAGCUGCAGACAUCAAACUGCCAAAUCCUCCAUGGCCACACAGAUAUAGUCCUGGCGCUGGAUGUGUUCCGGAAGGGGUGGCUCUUUGUCAGCUGUGCUAAGGACCAGAGUGUUCGCAUCUGGAGGAUGAACAAGGCCGGCCAGGUGACCUGUGUGGCUCAGGGCUCUGGGCACGCACACAGCGUGGGCACCGUCUGCUGCUCUAGGCUGAAGGAGUCAUUCCUGGUGACAGGCAGCCAGGACUGCACAGUGAAGCUGUGGCCACUCCCUGAAGCCCUGUUGUCUAAGAACACCGUCCCCAGUGGAGAGCCUGUUCUCCUGCAGGCCCAGGCUACCCAGCGCUGCCACGACAAGGACAUCAACAGUGUGGCCAUAGCACCCAAUGACAAGCUGCUGGCCACGGGCUCCCAGGACCGCACAGCCAAGCUCUGGGCCCUGCCACAGUGCCAACUGCUAGGUGUCUUCUCGGGCCACCGGCGUGGCCUCUGGUGCGUGCAGUUCUCACCCAUGGACCAAGUGCUGGCUACCGCCUCGGCCGAUGGCACCCUCAAGCUCUGGGCCCUCCAUGAUUUUAGCUGCCUCAAGACGUUUGAGGGACAUGACGCCUCUGUGCUAAAGGUGACCUUUGUGAGCCGGGGCACGCAGCUGCUGUCCAGCGGCUCUGACGGGCUCUUGAAGCUCUGGACAAUCAAGAACAAUGAAUGCGUGCGUACGCUGGACGCCCAUGAGGACAAGGUCUGGGGCCUGCACUGCAGCCGGCUGGAUGACCGCGCCCUCACCGGCGGCAGUGACUCCCGUGUCAUCCUCUGGAAGGACGUGACAGAGGAGGAGCAGGUGGAGGAGCAGGCCAAGCGGGAGGAGCAGUUGGUCAAGCAGCAGGAACUGGACAACCUGCUUCACGAGAGGCGUUACCUGCGGGCGCUGGGCCUGGCGAUUUCCCUGGACCGGCCCCAUACCGUGCUAACUGUUAUCCAGGCCAUCCGCAGGGACCCUGAGGCCUGUGAGGAGCUGGAAGCCACGGUGCUGGGGCUGCGGCGAGAUCAGAAAGAGGCCCUACUGCGGUUCUGUGCCACCUGGAACACGAACUCGCGUCACUGCCAUGAGGCACAGGCUGUGCUCACUCUACUGCUGCGUCACGAGAGCCCCGAGGAGCUGCUGGCCUAUGAAGGGGCUCGGGCCGCGCUGGAGGCCCUGCUGCCCUACACUGAACGCCACUUUCAGCGGCUCAGCCGGACGUUGCAGGCAGCCACUUUCUUGGAUUUUAUGUGGCACAACAUGAAACUGUCCCCGCUCCCUGCCCCUGCAGCCCUCGGAGAUUUUACUCAGACAAAGGAGACAAAACCACCUCGUCUUGCACCUCCCCUGCAGCACCGAAGCAUUAGUGUGACCAUCUGGGGUUGA